GCUCCCUCGCCGGCGCCAUGGCGGUCUUCCACGAUGAGGUGGAGAUCGAGGACUUCGAGUAUGACGAGGAGACCGAGACGUACAGCUACCCUUGUCCCUGCGGGGACCGCUUCCUCAUCACGCGGGAGGACCUAGAGAACGGUGAGGACGUGGCCACCUGUCCCAGCUGCUCCCUGAUUCUGCGCGUCAUUUACGACCAGGAGCAAUUUAUGCGUGAUGAAGUCAUUGCAGAGCCUUUGGCAAACAAGGAAUUGGUUAAGUGCUGACUAAUACAUCAUGAACUCUUGCUGCUUUGGAAUAAGAAUGUAUGGGGAUGGCAGUUCCUGAAAGAGACAUGUCCUCCUGGUGGAAGUGCUGGCUGCUGUGAGAUAAAAGUGCAAUAACUGGCUGUCUUCGUAAUGUGAAUGAGAAUUUGCUGGGACAUCAACACAUGAAUGGGUUUUGUUCAAAAGGAUUGUACAUUUUUAAGAGUAUAUGAGUUGCCAUAUAUAUUCUAGAAGAUGUGAUCCUAGCUGACAGUAAGUCAGCCUGUGGAGCUGUGAACUUGCAGCAUUUAUCUGGAAGUGGCUUUUUAGCCAAUGGAGUAAAGCAGGUUUUGUAUGGGCAUAUACCAGUGUGAAAUGGCAUAGAGAGCUGAAAUGUUGAGAGACAAAAUUCAGAAGUCCAUAGGACCUGAUCACAGAAUCACAGAAUGUUAGGGGCUGGAAGAGACCUCAAGAGAUCAUCCAGUGCAGCCCUGCUGCCAAAGCAGGAUCACCUAGACCAGAUCACACAGGAACACAUCCAGGCAGGGCUUGAAUACCUCCAGAGAGGGAGACUCCACAACCCCCUUAGGCAGCCUGUUCCAGUGUUCUGUCAUCCUUACAGUGAAAUAAUUCUUCCUCCUGCUUCCGUGGAACUUCUUAUGCCUCAACUUCCACGCAUUGCCCCUUGUCCUGUCAUCAGGCAUCACUGAGAAGAGCCUGGCUCCAUCCUCUUGGCACUCACCCUUUAUGUAUUUAUAUAUAUGAUGCCAUACAGAAAUACAAUUUUGACACAGCGUGGCAUCACCCAUGUGAUGUGGCUCGUGUGGGAAGCAAUAAGACCUAGAACGUUGUUAGUAAAUGGUUUUUACUACUUCUAAGCACAAAGAAAGCGCAGCUGUAUUUAUAGCUGCAGUGGAGGCAACACCUGAGUUUUGUUUCUUAAUUGGCAGUUGCUUUGAAACAACUUUGGUAGCUGUUAUCAAAUGACUCUCUGGUAUAAUAGCUAUAACACUUCUGUGGAGGUUGUGUGAAAUGAAACAAAAGGAGUCAACCCCCUGCAAAGCCAGUAAUGUGCUAACCAACUUGGAAGUAGAUUUUAAUUUCCAUAUAUUUUUCUCAAGAACUUUGCAGUUUGACUGUUGCAGCAAAUACAAAAUGGGCUGCAGUUCUUUGUGCCAUUUGCAGCAGCACAUUUGCUGAAUUUCUCAGUGUUCCCAGGUUAGAUUCUGUCACUUCCUGGAUAGGAGAUGCAUUCUUGCCUUAAAGGAAUAUUUUAGGGUAGAAAAGAGUUGAAAGAAUAUACUCCAAAGUUCAUUGAUUCCAGAAUACUUCCUUGUAUUUGCAAGCCACUGCAUUUAAAUAUUUAUUUAAA